AUGUGUUCACCCCUUGGAGUAAUAAGGCUGACUAUAGGACUUGAGCCUGGAGAGAUAAGGUUGGUAAUUGAUUCUGAACCACUUUCCGAUCCAACAUCUUUUCGGGGCAUUGUCGGGUCCUUGCAAUACCUCACUUUAACCAGACCUGACUUGUCUUUUAGUGUAAAUUUUGUGUCCCAAUUCAUGCAUUCACCUACUCAUGCUCAUCUGAAAUAUGUUCGUCGCAUCUUGCGUUAUUUAAAGGGCACGAUACAUUAUGGUCUCAAUCUUCGUUCCGAUACUACACUUGCUCUUUCUGCCUUUUCUGAUGCAGAUUGGGCAGGCUGUCCGACGACGCGACGAUCAACUACAGGCUAUUGCACGUUCCUAGGCUCGAAUAUCAUUUCCUGGUGUGCGAAGAAGCAGUCCACAGUUGCUUGGUUCAGUACAGAGGCUGAGUACCGUGCCAUGGCUCAUACAGCAGCUGAGCUUACAUGGCUUGGAUAUAUUCUAUCUGAUCUUCGGAUUUUUCCUCCACACCCACCGAAACUUUUUGCAGACAAUGUCAGUGCUCUAUUCCUCACAGUCAAUCCAGUAUUUCACGCUCGAAGUAAACAUAUUGCGUUGGAUUACCACUAUGUAAGAGAGCGGGUAGCUCAAGGGGCUCUUAUUACUCAACAUAUUCCUUCCACUUGUCAGCUAGCUGAUGUAUUCACUAAAUCAGUUCCUAAGGCUCGUCUUGCGUUCUUUCGACACAAACUAUGUCUCCAACCUCGGCAUAGUUUGAGGGGGGAUAUUGACCAAGGGAGUGAUAAGGAUGUGUUCACCCCUUGGAGUAAUAAGGCUGACUACAGGACUUGAGCCUGGAGAGAUAAGGUUGGUAAUUGAUUCUGCUGAUUUUCAGUAAUUUAGAGUUCUACGAGUUAUACGUUCUGUUACAUAUGGUAGUCUAACAAUAUAUUGUGCCGUACUUCUAGCUAUUUAGUUAUUUUUGUAAUCUAUUUAAACAGAGUACUAUGCCUCU